CUAAUAAUAGAUUGAGGGGGGAAACGAAGGAACGGUCAGGCAGCUUGAGGUAUGAGACGCCUGUUCCGUAAGUCUUGGCCUAUCACAAGCGAUAACUUGCUGAUUAAUAUCAUAAAAUAGGAGAAUUAAGUGACAGUGUAAACAUUAUCAGAAAUACAGUCGUCACAUCAACUACUACCUCAAACAGCAGCGUGCAAUUAACAUUCAACAUCAUAAGCUAUUCUCCGUAGUAUGGCUAACGACUUUUGGGAGCAGUUAUGUGGCAAUUCUUCACAAUUUUGGAAUGAAUCCUUACUUUGGGGAAAUGAACCAGGAAGCUGGCCCCAGUUUACAGAAUGUUUUCAGAACACAGUGUUGAUAUGGAUACCUACAUUAUUUCUCUGGAUAAUAACACCAUUCUACGUUGUUGUUUUAAGUCAAAAAAAUGGCAGUCCGCCACGACCUAUGACAAAGAAAAUAGUGUUUCAACUAGUUCUUUGUGUGGUUCUAAGUAUCAUUGGUAUUAUGAACAUAAUUGCAGUUGCCAACUCUAAUGCGGAAAGCAGCAACCCAGCUCUAUAUUUAUCCUUUCUUCUACCAGCUUUAAAUUAUCUUCUUGUUGCUGUUGUGUCUGUAUAUGAAAGGAAAAAAGGAAUAUGGUCCUCAUACCCUAUCUUCCUUUUCUGGUUGUUACAAGUUUUAGUUGGCAUCAUUCCAUUUUGCACAAAGAUUAUUUUAAAGGAGCAAGAAGACAAUCUCACAAUUUUUGUUCUUUUCUACAUCUCAUAUGGUUUAAACCUCUUACAAUUGCUACUCACUUCAUGGUCAGGGCCCACUGACCGCCCACAGGAUAAACUCACAGAAGAUCAGCUAUCAUUACCAUCCUAUUUGAUGUUCAACUCAUUAAGCAGUGUUGUGAAAGCAGCUUACCGCAGAACACUUCAGGAAUCAGACAUCCCAAAGCUUUUGCCAAAGAAUGAAAGCCACACACUAAGCAAAACAUUCCAAAAACAUUGGAACAAUGAAAUGAAGUCAAAGAAGCAAAAACUUGAAAGAGCUUACAAAGCUACCCAUGAAACAGAGCCAUCAGAAAAAACACCUCUCCUCACCACACGAUCAGAAUCUCAAGAAGUUAGUCUAAUUGAAUCUAAGCAACAGAUCAAUAUCUCCAUUAUUUGGAUUCUUUUUCGAUCUUUUGGUGGCACAUUAAUACUGGGAUAUUUAUUCAAGUUUUGCAGUUCUGUUUUGAUGUUUGUAAAUCCAAUGAUUUUACGUAAACUGAUUGAUUAUAGUAACACUGAUGAAAUAGCAUGGAAGGGUUACAUCUAUGCACUUGGCCUUUUGGUGGUUGAUGUGAUCGUUUCAGUUGCGGAAACUCUUUUCGCUCGCUACAACAUAGAGGCUUGCUUACGAAUGAGAGCUGCUUUAAUGUGUGCAGUCUACAAGAAGGCUUUAACGAUAAGCAGUCGAGCAAGAAACCAGUUCACUACUGGAGAGAUAGUGAACAUGAUGUCAGUUGAUUGUGAACGAAUUAAUACAGCACUGAGGAUGUUCUGGGUGAUGUGGUCAGCUCCAUUAGAGAUAAUUGUUGCAUUACUCUUUCUGUACAAUAUUCUUGGACCAUCUGUGUUUGCUGGAGUCUCUCUACUCAUUGUUUUAACUCCUGUUAACCUGUACAUUACGAGAAUUGUGGGGAGAUACACCUUGACUCAGAUGGAGGUAAAAGACAAACGAUUAGGCAUUAUAAACCAAGUUCUGUUUGGAAUAAAGGUCCUCAAAUUGUAUGCAUGGGAAAGUUUAUUCCAAAAGAAAAUAUCAACAGUCAGAAGAGAAGAGUUAAACCUUCUGAAAAAGGCUAAUCUUAUUUUGUCCGUUAUUUGGUUUUUAUGGGAAGUUUCACCCUUUAUGGUGAUGAUUGCUUCAUUUGCAACAUAUAUUUUUGUCACUGGUCACUCCAUCAGCGUCCAAACAGCCUUUGUAUCUCAGUCACUAUUCAAUUUAAUGAAAGUCCCGAUGAACUUGCUACCUGAAAUAUUCAUUUACCUUGCUGAGUGUUCUGUUUCCCUAAAAAGAGUGAACAAGUUCCUCAACUCUGAAGAUGUUGAUCUUAACAUUAUAUGUCAUGACCUACCACCAGGAGAGGCCAUUAAGAUACAAGAUGGAUAUUAUUCAUGGGGCAAUUCUAAAGAAGAAACUCUUAAAAACAUCAAUCUCACGAUUCCAGAAGGUUCACUCGUGGCUCUUGUUGGUACUGUUGGGAGUGGCAAGUCUUCAGUGUUGUCCUGUCUUCUUGGAGACAUGCACAAGAAAAGUGGCUCUGUGUAUGUUAAGGGCUCUGUAGCUUAUGUACCCCAGGAAGCAUGGAUUCAAAAUGCAACCAUCAAAGACAACAUUUUAUUUGGAAAGAAAUGUGAUGCUAAAGCUUAUCAACAGGUCAUUGACUUCUGCUCACUGACGCAUGACCUUGACAUUCUUCCUGGAGGUGAUCAGACUGAAAUUGGAGAAAAGGGUAUUAAUCUAAGUGGUGGUCAGAAGCAACGAGUGUCUCUGGCUAGAGCUUCAUAUGCUGAUUCUGAUAUUUACCUUUUGGAUGAUCCCCUCAGUGCAGUGGACAGCCAUGUGGGCAAGAGUAUCUUCAACAACCUCAUCAGCAAUAGUGGUCUACUGAAGAACAAGACUCGUUUACUGGUCACCCAUGGUGUGCAUUGGUUACCGAUGGUUGAUUUUGUCAUAGUUAUGAACAAGGGGAAAAUAACCAGUACUGGAACAUACUCUGAGCUUAUUGAAGCAGGUGGAGAUAUUGCAGACUUUCUGAAUACGUAUGCCUCACAUCAAGACAAAGAAGGUGAAGAAGGCGAAGAUGAACACAAAUUUGGUGAAUCAGACAGCAUAUCUCAUAAUUCAGCACGAAUCUUUAGGCGUCAGUCUACAAUAAAUAGCAACGUAUCCAGCAUAUCAGAACCAGUUGGACAGAAGCUGACAGAGGAGGAAUCUAUGAAAGAAGGGACAGUGAGUGUGAGGGUGUACAUCAACUACAUAAAAGCUUUUGGUGUCUUGCUGUUUAUUUCUAUGCUUUUUUCCAACCUGAUGAUUCACCUGAGCAACAUACUGUCUUCCUUUUGGCUAACUGAGUGGACUGAGAAUCCUUACAUGUUGAAUGACUCCAAUAUCAACACAACACAUUAUAAAGAAUUAACAAACAUGUACCUUGGUGGUUAUGGAGGUUUUGGACUAGGUGUAGGUGUGUCAGCAAUUAUUUUUUCUGUGAUCUCUGCAUAUGGUUUCCUCAAUGCUUCCACCCACUUACAUGAAAGGAUGCUUACCAAUAUAAUGGCUGCACCUCUCCACUUCUUUGAUGUCACUCCACUGGGACGCAUUACAAAUCGUUUUUCCUUUGACACCGACAUGUUAGACAAUCUGAUGCCAGAACAGAUACGAAAUCUGAUUUUAUCAUCAAUGAGUAUAAUUACCACGAUGUUUGCUAUUUCAUAUUUCAUUCCUUUGUUUAUUAGUUUUCUCUUGCCAUUGGGAUGUCUAUAUUUUCUUCUCUUGCAUUUUUACAUACCAACUGCUCGGCAGUUGCAGAGGUUUGAAUCUGUAAGCCGUUCACCAAUAUACAACCAUUUCAGUGAAACGUUGUCUGGGUCAGUGUCAAUAAAAGCAUACAAAGCAACGUCACGUUUCCUGGUUGAAGCUGAAAACAGAAUCACCAAGAACUUCAAGUCCUACUACAAUAUGAAAAUGGCAAACAGAUGGAUGGCUAUGCGUGUUCAGUUGAUGGGGUCAUUUCUGGUAUUCUUCUCUGGUUUAGCUGGAGUUAUUUCAAAAGGAUCCCUCAAUGGAGGACUGGUGGGCAUGAGCAUAAAUUUCUCAAUAGAGAUAACUGAUUUUCUGAACUGGAUGCUGUACAAUUUGACUGAGUUCCAAACAAGUCUGGUAUCCAUUGAGAGAAUUGAUGAUUUCAGUGAUAUCGCGCCUGAGGCUGCUUGGAUAUUGGAUGACCACAGGCCUGAUCAGAACUGGCCACAAGCUGGAGAGGUGGUCUUGAAAGACUACUCCACAAGAUAUCGACCAGGACUGGAACUGGUUCUUAAAGGAGUUUCAUGCCAUAUUUAUUCUGGAGAAAAGAUUGGAAUUGUGGGACGUACAGGUGCUGGUAAAUCCUCAUUGACUUUGUCCCUGUUCCGGAUCAUUGAAGCAGCAAAAGGAGCCAUUAUAGUAGACAAAGAGAAUAUUGCUAACUUUGGCUUACAUGAUGUUCGUUCAAGGUUUACUAUAUUGCCCCAGGAACCUUUUCUUUUUUCUGGUUCCCUUCAAAGUAAUCUGGAUCCUUUCAAUAAAUACACUGAUGGAGAACUAUGGAAAGCACUUGAACAUGCUCAUUUGGUUGACUAUGUGAAGGCUCAACCUUCAGGUUUACAGUAUGAGUGUGGAGAAGGAGGACAAAAUCUAAGUGCUGGUCAACGUCAACUGGUCUGCCUAGCUCGUGCCCUGUUGCAGAGGUCUAAGCUGUUGGUGCUAGAUGAAGCUACAGCUGCUGUUGAUAUGGAAACUGAUUCUCUCAUCCAACAGACAAUACGGAGCGAGUUCUCUGAUUGUACAAUCCUCACCAUUGCACAUAGACUGAACACCAUCAUGGAUUACGACAGAAUAAUGGUUUUAGACCAUGGAAGGAUUGCAGAAUUUGAAAAACCACAGGAACUUUUAAAAGACAGUAAAUCUAUAUUUUAUCAAAUGGCUAAGAAUGCAGGAUGUAUUUGAAAAAUAGGGAAAUAAUUAAAUAAAUUAAUACACACACACACAGAUUGAAGAACAAACGGAUAAAAUUAAUAUUUCAUUAAAUUUAUAGCCAACUAAAUUAAUAAACUAAAAAUGAAUCAGCAGCAGCCAAAAGACAAAAAAAAUUGCAAUCAAUUCUACAAAAAGAACAAAAAACUCUUUGUCUUCCUCAAAAUGAUUCAGAGUUCUAAAGCAUUCCUUGAACAUACAUAUAUGCAUACAUACAUGCACACAUUUAUAUAUGCAUGCAUAUAUAUGAAUGAAUAAAUAAAUAUAUAUAUAUAUAUACAAAAACAGACAUAUCUAUAUAUAUAUAUAUAUAUAUAUAUAUAUACAUACACAUAUACAUACAUGCAUCUUUAUAUAAAUAUAUUUCUACAUAAAUACAUACAAGCAUAUAUAAAUAUAUUUGUACAUGAAGAUAUACAUGCAUAUAUAUGCAUACAUAUAUGUGUGUGUAUAAACAUCUAUUUAUACGCAUGUAUAUACUUACACAUAUAUAUAGAUAUAUAUACACACACACAUAUAUAUACAUAUAUAUAUGCACAUAUAUAUACACACCGCACAUAUAUAUACAUAUAUGCACAUACAUAUAUAUAUAUAU